AUGAGCAACCUUAAGCUCGCACUGCAGCGAUGUAUAGAGCUGCAGUCUGCUACGAAGAGAGAGCUUGCUUUGCAAUGGUGUCUUGAUCUGACCACAUCAUUGUCCCGAGAUAAGUUUCGCUAUAAUGGUCUUGUCCCCACGCUUUCAAGAGAUCGACUGCGCUACGUCAUCAUCCAGUUACAGCAGUUCAAACGCAACAUAUCCAUGACAAAUACCAAGUUUUUUGAACAUAAUUUGAAGAUUAUGGCAGAGCAGCCAUCCUCUUCCAAAUCAUUUAAAGAAGCUCACGAUAAAGUGGAACAAUAUAUAGAGCUAAAAAACUCAUCUAGCGAAAAAGAGCACGAGAACGAGAAAGCCGAACUUUUUGACUACUUAUACAAAAACCGCUACGAAAGCCUAAUUGUGAAACUGUUUAGAGAUUCAGUCGAUAAAUUCGCAGGUUUCAAAGAGUCACAAUUUUAUCAGCUUACCAAAAUCAUUGACCAGUAUGGAACUCUAGAGGAUCUGAACUCUUUUCUUGAGCAAUACAGCACCAAAAAGACAAGCCAUCUGCUUCGAAGGCUCGAAAACAUGAAGAACAUGCGCGAAAUAAAAGCGAUACUACAGUUUCAAGAAUCUAUCGAUCCCAACUUACUGAAUCAUAUUAAAAACUACCGAGGAUUAUCUUUAGCUCUCACUAAAUACCUUAGACACCAGAUAUGGACUUCAAAGUCCCUAGAAAAGAAACAAUCUAUGGCCAAGUCGGCACUGGACAUUCUGGGUCCUGAGAACUGCGAUGUUCAAUUCCUGGCAGAGGCGUAUCGUGUGCUUCGCUCUGGGGAUCUGAAAACUAGGUAUAAGUUGGCAAAACAGCUAAUCGAUCCACAAAGAAAAAAUGACAUUGUAUUUGCUAUGCUCUCCAGCACUAGUCCGACUGAAAGCUGCUACUUAUGGGUGAACGAAUUUCCCGACGUAAAGUUAGCAGAUCAAGUUCCCAAGGAGCUUUACAUUCUUAAACACCGGUACCUUUUCGCUGGAAGGCUCCCCAAAAAUUUUGCUCGUCAUCUUGAUCUCGACCGCGCUCAAUUAGAGAAACUCAUCAGUUGCCUCAUUUUUGGGUACUCGCGCUGGGGUGACCAUCAAUAUGUGUUUGACCUUGUCAAACUGAAGGGUCAGUUGGGGCUUGAGAUUUCAGUAAUCGAUCAAGUUGGGAUUUUUUUAGCCACGCUGCAGCUUGACAAAAAUGAAGCAUACAAUGCUUUCAAAAGUCUCCCCCAGGAAGCGCACCGUUACGUUGUCAAAGAGGUGAUAGAGAUGCUCGGCAAGGCUAAUAGGUGGGAUGAAUUAAAUGCAUUUUUUUCUGGUUUGUCCCGACUGAACUACACCCCAACUGUGGAAGAUUACACUAUGAUGUUCGAGGCUCUCGCGAGUCGUGGAGCUACGGACCAGAUUAUGGAGCUGUGGGAAAUGUUCCUAAGAAGGGGAUUGAUUCCAACUGAUAGGGUACUGCAGGCGAUUAUUAAGUCACACAUAAGGAAACAGGCAUACGCUGACUGUUUGCAAUGGUUUGCUGCCUAUUCGCAUUUUAAGAUUCCUUUAUCACCGAAAGCUUAUGGGCUCAUGUUACAAGCGCUUUCAGGAACGAACGAGUUGGUGGCCUGUUUCCAGCUAUUGGAUGAGCUAACCAAGAUAAAAAAUGCUACAUUAAAGAGAAACAAUUUCUCAGGGUUCGCGAGUAAUUGUGCAAUAGGAGGGGAUCACAAGAGCAUUGAGACGUUAUUGAGCGUGUACUACCCCAAGUUUGGACUCACGCCAGAGGCACCUGAUUUUACAUGGAUUUUGAAAGCCCAUUUCAACUCACAAAGGUACAACACUGUGAUUGAUAUUUUCAGAAAGCUGCAAGCUGAUAAAUUGGACUGUUAUGGCAGUUACGAGGUGGCUUUGUUAUCGGCAUCAAGAUUAGGUACCUUGCGCACCUUCGACAUUCUGUGGGACGAGUUUUCUCGCAAAUUCAAGGACGAGUUGAAGAUCGAGUCGUAUGAACCAUUCUUGAUUGCGUACUGCCGUCGUCACAAGUUCAACCGCGUAGUGAAGUUUAUGGAUGGUUUGAGGGAACACUACAAAAGGUUCCCUUCAAAGUUGCUCAACCAGGUUUUUUUCCAAUACAUGCGAAUGGGAAACUUGAAGAACGCCUUCAGUCUCAUUGGAAUUGCACUCUCCAGGGGUAUCGAAAUAAGCUCCAAGACAUAUUCCUUGGUUCUCCAAGCUGGAACGGAUUUGGUGAGUAACUUUAAUGCUUCGCUUAUGGAGGAACUCUUGAAUAACAAAACGAAAGACUCUCUGGGAUUCGCAGAAAAGGAUUUGAGUCCAGCGGCUUUUAAAACGGCCAUAAAGUGUUUGCUAAAUGAGAACCAGACUCGGAAGGCUCGUUUCUUAUUUGAAACGUACAUCGAAACGUCUAGUUCAUACUUUUUGGACAACGUUCAUAUCUUAGCCCUAGAGUUGAUGAUUCUUGGUAAGGAAAACCGGUGGCAGGAAUUUGACAGCUGCUUUAACAGAUAUUAUUCCAUUGUACGACAGAAAAUUGUUCACGCUCGUCUGAAAAACACGCAGGUGUACGACAAGAUGGACGAUCUCAAUUUCCGUUUGCAUACAGGCUCUACCUUGCAAACUCUAGACGAAAUCAGACUGCGAGAUAGAUCGCUGAAACCCGGAGCGAUUGCCCGAUAUUUGAGGGAAGCAGUUGUUGACGUGUGGCCUUACCGUUUGAAGCAAUUGGAUAACCAAGGCCAGCUGAGAACCAUUCCGCAAGCCGUCGAGCAGAUGUUGGCCGACGGUUUCGUGCUGAGCAGCUUGAACGUUAACGAAACAGCACUGAAGUUAAGUACGGAUCCAUCUCUGGUUCGUGAGACCGUCGAAUUCAUUGAGCGUUACCUGUUAGGUGACCUCAUGAGACGCGGUAGAUUGCGUUUCUUGCGGUUGCAAUUCAAAAGCUCAGCUACGGUGCCGCCUGUUCCGUUUCGUUCGAGCCCCCUUCACUUCCAACUAAUAACAAUGAAUCUCAAAAAGCAUCUCAAAGCAAUGCCGCGAUCGGAAGCUCUGGAAGUGUUACGGUCACCGGUUCUGGCCAAGAGAAAUAUCGUUUUGCGUCACAGGUCACAUAUACAAGAGAACUUUAACAAACUCAGGGCCAAAGCUAUGUUACAAACCAGUAUCGCCAACAAACACAUGCGCAUUGAAGCUUAUAGAGAAAUCCGCACAAGGCGCCGCGGGUACAUUCGCUCUCGAAUGAAUGAGAUCAACGAGUACUCGAGGCUGCUCAAUAUGCUACUGCAGAAGAUUUCAAUUUCUGCACGCAAGGCGAAGGGGCAAGAGUUGCAAGAUCUACGGGAACACAUCAAGGCUUACAAGGAGAAACUUAAUUCACUGCAACAAGCCAAAGCGGGGCUGCUUAAGGAGGCCAAAAAUAUCGUGAUUGACGUUCGGACGAAAUAUGACAAAAAGCACAUGUACAAUAAGAUGGUCAAAAUCCACCAGCAGCAAACAUAG